AUGGGGGAAGUGUCCGCAUAUACUGAAGAAAGGACGCCAUUAUUAAUUAAUAGAGUGCAUAGAGGCACGAUCAAUGAACAAGACUAUACCGAACCCACACAUCUACAAAUUUCCGGAAACGGAAACGAUAGUUUACAACAGAAUAAUAUCACAGAGAAUACAGGAGAAUGUUGUCAGACAGAACCUGAACAACUUCCUGUGGCAAUCGGACAGACAAGUUCUCAACACCGGAAUGAAUGUGAUGUGAUGGACAAAGGAUAUUUACAAAAAGAUAAUGGUCGACAACAGAGCGCGGAAAAUGGGGUGGAAACAGAAGAGGCAUUGCGUCCGGUGGUUAAGGCUAGAAAAGGAAAAACAUGUACCGGCGGUACGUUUUCACAGCGUGUGUACAUCUGUUUGGCCGUAUCGUUUUACUUCUUUGCGAUAAUGAUGGACGACGAAGCAUGGCCGCAGCUUGUCCGUAGCCGUGUCGUGCGGGACACGGGGGCUAACCUGUCACACACACAAGUCGCCGGAUGUACAGUGAAUUACACAAUUUCAAACAACACAACUGUAAAAGUGCAACAGCUAAGUACAACCAUCAAUACAUAUUUUCUCAUGGCUGCAUAUAUUCCGGCAAUUUUUUCAAAUGUGAUAAUCGGUAAGUUGACUGAUAAGUUUGGAAGAAAAAUCGGUCUUUACUCUGCAAUCGUUGGUGCUAUAGUGAAAUAUUCUAUAAUUGCAGUUUGUAUCCAUUUCAAUUUAAAUAUCGAUAUAAGUUAUGUUGGUUUUGUUCUUUACGGUCUCUCUGGCACGUACUCUAUAAUAUCACAGACUUCAAAUGCUUUCGCUGCUGACAUAACAGAGGCAGGAACGGACCGGGCUUUCUUUUUUGCAAUUGUUUCCUUCUUCAAGGGACUCGCCACUCUGCUGGGUCAGUUCGCCGCUGGCUAUAUCAUACAAUAUGUAGGACAAUUUUAUAUAUAUAUUAUUGCAAUUGGUGCGAUGAUGUGCGCGUUCUUUACUGUUGCUUUCUGUUUGUCGGAAUCUGGUUUUCGGCAACAGCGAAACGGAGAUCUCGCCAUUCAGCAAUGUGAGAGAACGGGUCAGACUUCUGUAUCAGAAAUGGAUUCUAAACCUCCCGACAGAUCUAACCGUUCGUUACAGGGUGUGCUCCUAGCCGCCUAUAUCCUUACGUGUUUACGCGAUAUGGGAUUAAGUACAGUGACGUCUCUGUUCAUGUUGGACUCUCCAUUCUGUUGGACGUCCGUCCAGAUAGGAUGGCUAUUAUCCUUGAUCACGGUCUGUAAACUUGUUGGCACACUUUUAGUAGGGCUGUUUCAGAAAUGUACUAGUGACGUCAUCAUUGCCAUCAUCGGAACAAUUACAACUGCAGCGUCACAUUCCCUUUUUACAUUCGCCUACAAUGACGUUAUGGUGUAUAGCGUGUCGGUAGUGGGUUUUAUGGGAGAUCUGGGAUAUCCACUGACCAGUGCCAUGUUGUCCGGAGUUACAUCGCCAGACCAUCAAGGUUUUCUUUUUUCCUUACUGGGUAUGGUGGAGAGUGCGGGAACGCUGUGUAGUGGACUCAGUCUCAACACUUUGUACUCCGCUACGGUAGGGUGGAUGAAGGGAUUCGUCUUUCUGCUCACGACCGUUCUCUGUCUUCUGUGUGUUCCGUUUUAUAUAUUAACAAUUCCCGAAGUACACCGACUCGGCAUCGCAAGUGACAUUCAUCGAGAAACCGAUCUACGUGACGUCUGUCUAAAUCAUGACCCCGAAGUGAUAUUUAGGAGACUAAUUCCUGACGUACGUGUAGAUGUACGUAAGUCGGUCACACGAACUUCAUGUUACUGUACGUUUAAUAACCAAAAUAGUUUCAUCGAUGUUGUCACCAACCGGGAUUAAACCUGUAAGGACUCAAAGAGACUAAAGUAGUCAAAGAUCACGUUACAGGCCCCUGUGUAUGGGUCUACUCCACCGGACAUUACAAUCCAAGACAAAUAAGAGUUUAUAUAUGUAACAAGUUAUCGCGGCUUGCUGUGUCCAGUGACUUGCCCAUGAAACACAGAAUAAGGCUAAUGGGAGUCCCGUGCUGUCGGCUUCCCAAAAGACCAUGAUGAAGUACCAUCUAUGGAACCAAAGCAUAUAUCAUAACAUUUACGGUAAAAUAGUUUAUAACGAAGCCUACGGGGACCAUACAUGUAAUAAAAAUUUAUGACAAAACGGUAUGAAACAUUUAUAUCCUUAUAUUAAUUAUCUGGUUCCAGUUUUACAAUCACUUUCACUUACGAUUUUCUGUAGGAGCGCAAUCAUCAAGCUUCGAAUUAGAAACGAUGCUUUCUUGUAUCAAGCUCAGAUCCUUGCGGAACACCAAAGGCAAGAGGUCUGUCAUCAGAAACACCGUUACUUAAUGUCACUUGUUACCUAGUGUCCGUCAAAUAGGACUGGAUCCAGAAGUACGUCAGCAGCUAUAUCACAUGGAUGUCCCCGGCGCCUGAACGAUAUCCUAUGAUCAAUGACAUCAAAUGUAGCCGAUGAUACAGUAGCAGAAGAACUGGAAAAUAUGUCGAACUCUGAAGUGAGUGUAUGUCGAGCUACCUGAGCGUUAAGCAGGUUGCCUGGUUAACAUCGAGAUGCUUCUCAAGUCGCUUGGAAACCGCUUUUUCAGGAAUAUCAUACAAGAUAGUUCGAAACCGAUCGGUAGUUCUUCAAGUUGUUCUUGUGUAAACAAUAAUUUUACAACGGUGGGCGAAUACUGGACUCGACCAAAUAUUUGUUAAUGAUGGAGCUAAUCAGAUACUUUACAAACUAUACAUGUACAUUGUAUUUUGGAAAAAUACGUUUGGACAAAACCAAGUUCACAAUGUUUAGUUAGAGUCAUGACAUUUAUACCGAACAAAAAGAG